AUGCCAACCCCAGAAGGAUUCGAGGUAGCAAGCCCAUUGUGGGGAGUCUGUACCCUUCUCAACAAAGAUCUCGAUGCCGUGCUCAAAAGCUGGGUUCCAGACCCCCGAGAUAGGUCUAUCUUCAAGCCUAUCACUUCCCCAACAAGCAUUCGCGAGCUAGUCACUCUGAAUGAGCACUUCAGAACGGUUGCCCAUGCCUCAGGCCGCGCCUGGCCCGAUAUCGAGGAAUUCACUCUGCAAAUCUUCAGUGGCCGAAUACCGAAAUUGAACAGAUAUACCAACGACGACGUGUGGGAGACGAUCGCAACUCUUAUUGAUACUCAAUGGGACGAUGGUUUCGGCGACAUCCCUCCGUUCGUCAAGCAUCUCAGGCUCGAUCUGACGCCUCCGCCUGCCGCAGUCGAAUACCUGAACAAGUGGGAUGAAACAGCCGAGAACAUUAAUUGCUCGAGUGCUAAACUAGGACACCCUCUCCGCGGCCACGAAGCCAUUCCCGGUUCCCAUUAUCGCCAGAAGUUUUGGAUUUACGUGUUCCACGUGGCUGAGGAUCUGGUUUUAGGUAUCCUUGAGAGCCGGAAGGACGAUCGUCAAGACCUCCAAGAGUUGUGGGUAUUCCCAAGUGGCAUGCACGUCGGCGACCUGACGAUUGAAGUUGUGGGAGAGCUCCCGAUGAGCCAGGCGGACGCACUUGUUCAAAUGCGCGGUACCGAGAUCUACUGGCAGAGUAUUUGCUCUCAGCAUUGGAACGGCGUCUUCAUAAGGUUCAGUGAGAACCUCAUCGCUGCGUCCAAAUCUAUCUUCGAGGAAUCUAUCCGACCAUUCAAAGAGGCUCGGCAAGCGCGUAUGGCGGAGGUAUUGACGGAGGUGAAAAAAGUAGCAGAAGAACUUCUCGCUAAAAGCUGCGCAACACUAGCAGAACAGGUAGUGGUUAAGCUGGGACUUUCAAAGAAUCAGGGUGAGAACCUGCGCAAACCGUUCAAGCGAAACGCUGGAGAGAUUUGCGGAGGUGAUCAGUAG